AUUUAUUAUUUUUAAAAUCUUAGUUAUGCUUCUUACUCAUACUUCAGGUAUUAAUAAUCACUGGCUGAUAUGCUAUAAAAUAUAUUUUGGCCCAAUUUAAAACUAGUUUAGCUGUUCCACGGAAGUGGCACAUUUAUAUCCACGGGGAGGCGCUGUUUUCUGUUGAUCUUUAGCUAAUAAGCCAAUAUGGCUGCCACAUAGACUCUGCACUUCAUUAAUGUUUCUUGUCGAGCUUACUUUUAAAAGCUAGUGCUUGGUUUUACUUUGCCGUUAAUUGCUGGUCAAAUAUAAAACAAUGUGGUUUCCGCUUCAUAUAGUCCGUUUAAAGGGACAGACUCCUAGCAUAAGACGGCACGCGGCUGCUCUGCUAAAGCGGUGCAGGGAUGCUAACGUUUCUAGCUUCAGUCAUUCAGCUGCACGCUCCUCCAAAACCUGCCAGGCUCUGGUUUACACAAACCACGGAGACCCUGCAAAAGUCCUCCAGUUGAAGAAUGUGGACCUUCCACCUAUUGGAGAAAAGGAUGUCCUUAUUAAGCUGUUGGCCGCUCCAAUCAACCCAUCUGACAUAAACAUGAUUCAGGGUACUUAUGCUAUCCUGCCAGAUCUUCCUUCUAUCGGUGGAAAUGAGGGCGUGGGUGAGAUCAUAGACAUCGGCAAGCAGGUGAAGUCGCUCAAAGCAGGAGACUGGGUCAUUCCAAGAGAUGCUGGUCUUGGAACAUGGAGGACAGAGGCAGUGUUAGCUGAGGAUGAUGUCAUCUCCGUUCCGAAUGAUAUUCCUUUGCUUUCAGCUGCAACACUUGGAGUGAAUCCGUGCACUGCCUUCCGGAUGCUCUCAGACUUUGAAGAUCUUAUGCCAGGCGAUUCAGUAAUCCAGAAUGCAGCCAACAGUGGAGUUGGGCAAGCUGUCAUUCAAAUAGCUGCUGCAAAAGGAAUAAACACUAUAAAUGUUGUUCGAGACAGGCCAGAGUUCGCCCAGCUCAGUGAAAGACUAAAGGCCAUGGGAGCAACACAUGUGAUCAAGGAAGAGGCCCUGCGGCGGCCUGAGAUUAAGGAAGUGUUCAAGUCAUGUCCAAAGCCAAAAUUAGCAUUAAAUGGAGUUGGAGGCAGAAGUGCAACAGAACUCCUUCGACAUUUACAGAUUGGAGGGUCGAUGGUGACGUAUGGUGGCAUGUCUAAACAGCCAGUUACUGUGCCUGUGAGUGCUCUCAUUUUCAAGGAUGUGAAAGUUCGGGGGUUUUGGGUCACUCAGUGGAAGAGAGACCACUCUCAUGAUGGGAGCUUGUUUGGAGCCAUGCUGGAUGAACUGUGUUCCCUCAUCCGGCAGGGGAAGCUAACCGCUCCCGCCUGCACUCAGGUGGCUCUCCAGGACUUCCACCAAGCUCUGGAUGCUUCUAUGCAACCUUUUGUUUCCAGUAAACAGGUUCUACUCUUGUGAGGUUGCUGGUUUCAAUAACCACAUGCCACACUGUUGGUUUAGGUGUUCAACUCAACCCCUUAAAAAAGCCUUCCUGUCUGAUCUAAAAUUAUGUUGUGACUGCUUUAUAAAAAACAUUUUGUCAUGAAAUCUACAUAAAUAAAAUUUAAAUUGUUGUAUUCAA